GAGCGGGACGCCGCGUCCCGAGCGGCCGGCGGCCGGAGCUCGCCCCCGCCCCUCCCUCCUCUCCUCCGGCGGCGGCGGCGGCGGCGGGCGGAGUGAGCUGCGGAGCCUGGAAUAUGGUCGGGGAAAUGGAAACGAAGGAGAAGCCGAAGCCCACCCCAGAUUACUUGAUGCAGCUGAUGAACGACAAGAAGCUCAUGAGCAGCCUGCCCAACUUCUGCGGGAUCUUCAACCACCUCGAGCGGCUGCUGGACGAAGAAAUUAGCAGAGUACGGAAAGACAUGUACAAUGACACAUUAAAUGGCAGUACGGAGAAAAGGAGUGCAGAAUUGCCUGAUGCUGUGGGACCUAUUGUUCAGUUACAAGAGAAACUUUAUGUGCCUGUAAAAGAAUACCCAGAUUUUAAUUUUGUUGGGAGAAUCCUUGGACCUAGAGGACUUACAGCUAAACAACUUGAAGCAGAAACAGGAUGUAAAAUCAUGGUCCGAGGCAAAGGCUCAAUGAGGGAUAAAAAGAAGGAGGAGCAAAACAGAGGCAAGCCUAAUUGGGAGCAUCUAAAUGAAGAUUUACAUGUACUAAUCACUGUGGAAGAUGCUCAGAACAGAGCAGAAAUCAAGCUGAAGAGAGCAGUUGAAGAAGUGAAGAAGUUACUGGUACCUGCAGCUGAAGGAGAAGACAGUCUGAAGAAGAUGCAGCUGAUGGAGCUUGCAAUUUUGAAUGGCACCUACAGAGACGCCAACAUUAAAUCACCAGCCCUUGCCUUUUCUCUUGCAGCAACUGCCCAGGCUGCUCCAAGGAUCAUCACUGGGCCUGCGCCUGUCCUCCCACCAGCUGCUCUGCGUACACCUACGCCAGCUGGCCCUACCAUAAUGCCUUUGAUCAGACAAAUACAGACCGCUGUCAUGCCAAACGGAACUCCUCACCCAACUGCUGCAAUAGUCCCUCCAGGGCCUGAAGCUGGGUUAAUCUACACACCCUAUGAAUACCCCUACACGUUGGCACCAGCUACAUCAAUCCUUGAGUACCCCAUUGAGCCCAGUGGUGUGUUAGGUAUGGCUUUCCCAACGAAAGGCUAAGAAUUCAAGAACGGUCUUAACUGAACCCUCAUCAGAUCUGAAUUUAACCAAUGCUUAGUCUCAGCAGCCUCCGGGGAAAAGCUUAGCCUAGCAGUCAGUGACUUACUUGCACUUUUGCACAUAGAUAUAAAGUAAAAUGAUGUUAUUAAUUUGGAUUAGUCUGUUACACUGCAAAGCAACGGUAAUUUAUAAAAGGAGUGUAUAGUAGUAUACUGACUGCUAAGUGUACUGUACUGUUUGCUUUACUAAUCACCUAAUUCAUUGCAGUUCAUACUUAUUGACUCAAAAGUUUAAAACCACAAUCUGUAGGCUUUAAGAGUUGCUUUUUAAACCUUUUUAAGUAAUAAACUAUGAAAGUUAAGGUUAGCAAAUACUUGUCAGUAUUAAAUGUGGCAUUAUUUAAGUAGUUCUGCUGCAAGAAAGGCACUUCAGUGAAUAUGUGACUAGUAAAGCCCAGCUACGUCUGGAUCUCAUAGCGCUUGUGAGACACUGUGACCUGGGACUGUCCAUGAAGGGAUGAAGUAGGUGGAAGGCCAACCUGUUUGAAACGAAUGCAAUAUUGAUAGAUGCAUAUAUACAUGACAUACUACAGUUAAUUUUAAAACUACUGUGCCUUAACGUGUUUCUAAAGCUUUUUGUAGUAAGUGAACAUUUGAGAUCCAUUUUGAUAAACCUGCUGUCGAUGUUUCCCUUAUGUAUGUUUUCUAACUUUGUCUUGGUAAUUGCAAUUUAACUAGGUGCGGUGGCUACUAAAGUUCGAAGGCACGAUAUGCGUGUCCAUCCUUACCAAAGGAUUGUGACCGCAGACCGAGGUUAGUUUAGUUCUGCAGUUCUUGUUUAUAAGCAAUGCGCUGGGUGUCCAUAAAGUUUGCAACACCACACCUGAUGGAAAAAUGUAAUUGUUUACCUGCACACAUUUCUUUUCCUUCCCUAAAUUAAUUUAAUAAUUGAUUGAUUUAAGGUUGUUUUUUUGUGGUUUUGUUUAUGAUUUUGUUUUUUUUUUUGUUUUGUUUUGUUUUUUUGGUUUGGGUUUUCACCCCUUCCCUUUAUAUUUUAAUUUAUUAAAUCUUCUGUUAAAUGUCCUAAGAUUUAUUCCAGUUAAAACAUAAAUUAGUCAAUUUGAGAAGUUAUUAAAGUUUUAUAUUACCUUAGCAAUUUUUAGUAAUAAUUAUUGCUAAAACUUACCCUUUAAUUUUUCUUAAUAUUUGGGUUGGUACUGCAAAAUGAAUCGAACAGAUUAUGUGUUCAUGAGAGAAGUAAAAGAAUUGCUUCUGUGUAAUUUUGGAGAAAACUGAAGAUUUAUUUUUCAUUUAUCUAUAUAAUAAAACAUUGAGCCACUGUAUAAAUAUGAGGGUAUACAUGUCAAGUAUUUAGCUAAAAUCAACAGUCAGGACUGUGAAAAUAAUUUUUUUAUGAUACUUUUUAAUGAAUUAGAAAAUGAGUUCCCUCUUACUCUACUUCUUGCCAAAAUGGAUCCUUUGAUUUUUUUUUUUUUUUUUUGUCUUUUGCUGCUAAAAUAUAUUACCUGAAGGUAAACUAUCCUGAAGUUCUGUGGUAUGUGAGAUCCAGCUGUUCGGAUAUCCUUUUUGACUAACCUGUGACUGGAAAACAAGUCCUCAUUUUUCUCACUUUCAUAUUUGUAAUUUGUGCCCUCUAUAUGCCCUUGGACCCAUUUUUAAAUUAUUUAUUCUUAUUCGAAAAAUGGUAGUUUCGGUUUUUUGACAUUGAAUUGUUUUUUGCUUUUUUGUGUGGUGUUUUGUUUUGUUUUGUUAAUUGCAAGAUUGGAGCCCCAAGAAAAGUAGAAAAGGACCUAGCCCACUUGACAUGGUUACUCUUGAAUACCCACCAUAAAUAUUGGACACAGUUGUUUUGUGUGUUAGAAAUAAAAUGCCUUUCCAAAGACACCAAUGAUAUUUAUCAUAUACGCUGAAAGAGUCCUGAAAAUUUUAGCUGCUGUAUUCAUUUUUUUCUGUGGUAAUUAUUUGUUAAACAAAAUAAAUCCUUUUCUGGGGGAACAUCCAUAAUGAUAAAACUCCAUACAACUGUGCCAAGUGUGAGCAUAUUGACCAUUCGAGGAAGUUAGAUGGGGAAGGUCACUUUAGGUGUGGGUGAUAUCAUAUGUAAUUGAAGCUGUAUCAUACCGUUAAAGUCUAAAAUAAUUCUCUUACAGAGUGUUUUGAUUUUGAAGUAUUUUUUCUUUUUAGAUUUUUCUUUCGUCUUAGGAGACUUUCUGUCAUUUUGUUAACACAACGGUCCUUUUUCACUUUGUACUCCAGAGCCUUCAGGUAGCUGAAAAUAUUAGACCAAGAUCGUACUGUGUUCAUAAAAUGGCAACACAUUCCAUACAUGGCUCAUCUGUAGCUGUGUUUAUUUUGAUUAGUUAUAUUUGUAAUUGAAAUGCAAUGUCAGCAAACCGAAAUUCCUUUCCUUCCCUCCAUCCCUCCUUUCCUCCUUUCUUCAUCUAGAAACAGAUGGCUUACACUUACUAUCACCACAUGUACUACUCAUUGGGUCUAAGGGAGAUGACCGAAGUCCUUGACUUACAUUAUUUUAUGAUACUACUGUUCUCUCUAUUUUUUUUAAUUUAAAAAAAUCUUUCAAAGAGAAGAUUAUUAUUAGCAUUCAUUUGAUGCAAGGACACAGCCCAAGGACACACAACCAUGUAACUAUUUGUGAGCAUUUAGAGUGGUUGCUUACUGAAAACAAAUUCACCACCAUGCUUAUUUCAGAAUUGGUUUAAAACUUAAAGGCCAACUGACUAUAGUUGUAAUGAACUGUAAGUGAUUUUGCACAGUUGACAUAGCUGUGUGUACUGCAGGAGGCCAGGACAUGGCAGAGGAUGUAUUCUAGAUGCACUGGAUAUGAUGGUUUGCUUUGUUAAAUACUCCACACUCAAAUGUCAUUAGAAACUGUCCACACAAUGAUUUGAUAAAAAUCAUUACUUAAACAAAUUAAAUUUUGGAGAGCAACAUUUUUAUUUUUAAAUUUUAAAUAAAAUUCUACUUCCUUUUAAGAAAUUCAGGGAAGUUUUGAUUAUAUUGAAGAUACAGUAUUUUUGUAGUAUUUAUAAGCUGUCCUAAUUGAUAAACUAUAGAAAACAUUUUUGUCAUACAAAGGUAAAUAUUAUAGAACGCAUUUAAACCCUGUGAACGUUACACCUGCUAGGUCUGAGUUAUGAAGUGGCGUAGAGUCUUAACUUUGCACUGAGCAUCUUUUCAUUCACAUCUCUCCUGCCUUUGUCACAGUGGCAGCAACAGUACAGAAAGUUCUGUCAAACCUCAGAGUAGAGUAGAAUAAUUAAGCUGUUGAAUGAGUCUUAAGAAUCAUACUACUGUUAAGUGGACCAAGUUUGGUGAAGUAGACUGUGACAGGCUGAUUCAGGAAGGAGCUACUCAAGGACAUUUGGAGUGAUAACUUUUCCACUUGAGAACUACUUUAUGUUUUACUGUAAUUUUUUUAAAUUUUUUGUUCUUUUUUGUUACUUUGCAAAAGAAAAUAGUAUUUACAGGUGGCUUCUUUUAAAAUAUAAAAAUAUAAAGCAGGAAUGUAUAUGAAAUGUCAGAUUUUAUUGUAUUUGCAGAGUAUUAGCUUUGAAAUUGAAUAAAGAAAGCUAUUUGUAGUUUUAAAAUGCCUUAUUGGUAUCAGUUAGAAAUUUCUUCUAUUUUUUAUGUACUUAGAGUUCUUUGAGGUAUAGAGUUUUAAAUGGCAGGAUUUUACAGUGUUUACAUGCAAGUGCAUUUUAUAAGUGUUCUAUAUGUGUAAAUUAGUAUUUCAACUGGAAAGUGUUGGCUGGUGCAAAAGGCCUGGCCUUUUCUGGUUCCCAUGAUGUUGCCUACACUGCUAGACUACAGUAUUGCUCUGUAUCAUGAGGCCAAGGAAAUUCCAUGUUGUUUGUAAAUAGAAUAAUUGAAAAGCAAUAAACAUUUAUUGAACAAAAGAAA